AUGGCAGAGUCCAUGUCCGACGCCCUGUCUUCCCCAUAUCCCGCAAGCUCACUGGCCGGCCAUGAGCACCGGGAAGUGAAGCUGCGGAAGGGGGAGAAUAUGAGUAGCCUUCCUGGGACCCAAGCCAUGGCGGCAUCCCAUGUCCUACUCUUCCUUGCCGGAGUCCGCCUUGUUGACGGCGCCGGACAUCGAUAUGCCGGCCUCGGGGUCAUGGCGGCUGGGUGUGAACCGCGGAGUCUAUGGUCCAUCUCAGGGGUGUAUCUAUGGUCCAUCUCAUGCCCAUCUCGUGCUUGGUUGCAAGAUGAACAGACAUAUGAAGAGCCAUAG